AUCGGCUCCGCGGGAGAGUUGGGGCCUGGUUAGGUCUCUACUGCGUCGCCGGCGGGGUGAGGAGAGAAGAAAAGAGGCGCAGUCGGUGAGCAGACGCCGCGGGCAAGAGGCCUCUCGCUUGCUUCUCCGUGAGCCCGUAGUCCUGACACCUGUCUUCAGCGUAGGCCAGGCACGUGCAGUGUAUGUGAUUGACCAUCGGUCUGGAUGGUCAAAUUCUUCUCGUGGUCAUUGUCAAGGACGUUGCUUCCAUUGUUUUCGUCUCAUCACGUCCUCGUUUAUUAUACAACUGUCCCGUAACUUGACGUGCGUAUAUACAUGCUUGCCUGCCGGCUGGCCUUCAUGCUGGGAUCCUGUUGGUGAGAGAUCGACGGGAGGAAAAUCAUGCAGUUGCGUCUCGUAUUAUUCGUAAAUUGCCUGGGCCUCGUCGCCUCCGUCCCGGACCCCAGAUACGUCUCCUACGACGAGCUGAUGGUGGACGUGGAUCGGUUCAGCGAGCCGGGGAUCACCGACUACGGACCGUUGGUCUUCGAUCCCACCCGGUUUCAAGUUAUCGUCGGUGCCAGGAAUCGGUUGCUGCGUCUCACCCUGGAGGGGCUGACGAAGCUGGAGGAAGCGGACCUCUCGCCGUCGGAGGAGGGACGAGAGCUUUGCACGCGGAAGGGCCAGACGGGGGAGGACUGCAACAACUUCCUCAGGGUCCUGCUGCUGCACGGCAAGAAACUCUUCGCCUGCGGGACCAAUGCGUUUGCGCCGUCUUGCUCGUGGAGGAAGCUGGAAGGAGUGGGGACGGUCCUGGAGGAAGUCGACGGGGUCGGGAAGGCCCCGCACGGCCCGCGAUCCAACGUCACGUCCCUGAUGACGUCGACGGGGGAGCUGUACUCGGGGACGCCGGUGGACUUCGCCGGGCAGGACGCGGCCAUCUAUCGCAUGAUGGGGGGCGACCGGAUGCUCCGGACCAAGCAGUACAACCCCAAGUGGCUGAGCGAGCCGGACUUCGUCUAUUCCUUCGAGACGGACCACCACGUCUACUUCCUCUUCAGGGAGGAUGCCUUGGAGUUCCAGAAUUGCGCGCAGUCCCGGCAGUCUCGGAUCGCGCGAGUGUGCAAGCGAGACACGGGCGGGAAGCUCAUGCUCCAGGACAAUUGGACGUCGUUCCGGAAGGCGCUGCUGAACUGCUCGCUGCCCGGGCGAGUGCCCUUCGUGUUCCCGGAUGUCGUGUCGGCUGCGUUCGAUGCGAGGGAGAACGUCCUCUAUGCGCUCUUCUCCACGCCAGAGAACAGCAUUCCCGGCUCCGCGGUGUGCGCGUUCCGGAUGGCGGACGUGGAGGACGCGUUCCGAGGGGAUUUCCAGUCGCAGCCGUUCCACAACGCGAUGUGGACCCGCGUGGACCGGACGGGAACGGGACCGGACGACGACUGCCGGGCCAACGAGCUCCAGGCGGAGCGAUACCAGCUCCUGGCCGACGCGGUGCAGCCGAGGGACGGGAGGCCGCUGCUCUUCCAACACAUGCAACGGUGGCAGCGAUUGGGACUGGACCGGGUGAGGACGAAGAGCCCGGACGGAGUGACGGUGCUGUACGUGGGAUCGGCGGAGGGGGAGAUCCGGAAGGUUUCCCUGCCGGCGAAGGGGGAGCCGUGCCUCAUCGAGACGCUUCAGCUGUUCCCGUCCCGAGCCGAUCGGCAGGUCCUCUCCUUCCUGCACGUGCUGCCCGAGACGGCAUCAUUUUACGUGGGGACUGCGCGACAAGUGCUUCGGAUCCCGGCGCAUCGCUGCCACCGCUGGAGAACGGAAGAAUCCUGCCUCGCCGCCUCCGAUCCUUACUGUGGGUGGGACCUGGAGAGGCAAGAAUGCGCUCCGCCGCCGGAUGGAGACCCCUCGGCCCCCUUUUGGGAACAGAACCCUCCCAAGCGCUGUCCUCGAUCCGAUGCCCUGCCCGUGGACGGAGGCUGGUCCAAGUGGAGUCCCUGGGAGCCGUGCAGUCGCAUGGAGGAGGGCGAGAGUCAUGCGUCCAUCUUCCAUCCGUUUCGAGCGUCGGACGAGCCACGAAAGUGCCUCUGUCGGGUGCGAGACUGCAGUCGACCCACUCCGGUCAAUGGAGGACGGUCCUGCAGCGGAGAGAGCGCUCAGGUGACGAAUUGCACUGUGGAUGGUGGCUGGACGGACUGGUCGGCUUGGUCAGCGUGCAGUGCAUCGUGUGGCUUUGCUCUGAAAUGGAGGAGACGGACGUGCACGAAUCCCCAGCCUCGCUUCGGGGGGAAGGCAUGCGAGGGCAAGGACACCGAAGAGGCCAUGUGCACUGACAAUCCCCCUUGUCCAACGAUUGAUGCAAUCGAUUGGGUUGUCAUUGAUGAUGGUGCUUCUUUCUUCGUGCAGCACUGUCAUACCGAGAGGGGGCUUGGAGCGAGUGGGGUGAGUUUACACCAUGUUCACACCCAUGCGGAGGAGGGUUCCAGAUGCGGACACGCUCCUGCCGUCGGCUCCACAAUCCGUUACUGGACGGCAGUGAGGUCUUCUGCCCUGGGUGUGACACCCAAUAUCAGUUGUGCAACACCCAACCGUGCCCUAUCAUCUCGAAGGAGAGUCCAUGGACAGAAUGGGGACUUGUUGCACCGAAUCUGGAACGCCGGUUUCGCCUCUCCUGCUCGGCCCCGCUCCCAUCACCCGACUCCCUCGAAAUAUCUGAUGUCCAUCGGGAGGAUCGCUACUGCAACCAGUGUGAUGCUGGCGAACCGAGCAAAGGGCUUAGAGAUGCAGGAUGGUCAUCCUGGUCGGAGUGGUCUCGCUGCAUCGGGACUUGCGAAGAGGGACAGGAGAUACGGUGGCGGAUCUGUCUUGGAAACUGUGAUUCCUCUCUCCCCACCAACCAAACCAGGCCCUGCUCUAGAGCUACUUGUAGAGGUGAGAUAUUGCUACAUCCCUCCCUCCCCCACUCUCCCUCCAUUUUUUUUUUACUAUUUGCACUUCUACUAUGCAGUGAGAAGCAAGAGCACGGCAGGCAGUGGAAGUGAAUUGGCAGCAGGACCUCUUAUAGCAGCAUGCAUCAUCUCUUUCUUCGUCGGCACGAUCCUUGCCGCCCUGUUUCUCCUCUGGUUCCUGAAGAGGCGCAAGCCUUCCCUUGCUCUCGUCAGUUCUCCCUUGUACAUGUCCUCGACGGGCGGUUCGAGCCAAUGCAAAGCCACGCCCAACCACUACGUGACGGUGACGCCGGAGAUGCGGCUGAAGCGCACCGGGAGUUACACCGAGUUCCCGAUGAAGGAGUACGAUACGGCGACGAUCAACAAAAGAAACUCUCACUCGCACACUUCUGCCACCGCCCAUCUACGGUUACCACUCCAGCCUUCCUCCGACGAUCUCUACUGAUGCGCGGGGAGCCAUUUUUUUCCCCCGCAAACUCAGCUGUUUUUUACAUCCUCCAACGGGUGGCAUUUCUGUGAUAUUCCCAGACGAGUGGUUUCUUGCAUGCCUUGGACCAGGGCAUCUCAAAUUGUGAUGUUUGGAAGCAUUACAGUAUUUGUGAUGGUGCCAUGCACAAAGGAACUUUGAUGGGAACUUUGUGAAAAGUAUGGACUAAGGAUCGAGGACGACGGAUCGACGAUUAAGGGAAUGAUUUCUGGCGAGGGUGAUCGAUUCAAAUUCGCACAAUUUCAGCACAAAUUUUAUAUGUGCCAACUCAGGAAACAAAAAUGCCAAUUCUGCAGAGGCUUCAUUCAUGUCUUGAGUAUUUUCUGUGCAAUCUUAAAUGUGUGGCUGUGUGUGGGUUGUUGAAGAAGUACCUGAAUUUGCUCAAAUUUUGGUUUGUUUUUGCAGGAAAAAAAAGACUCUGAGGCAUUUUCGUGACAAUGAACCCUUUAUUGAAGUGCUUAUUGUUCCUUCUGAAAAAUGAAACUUCAAUCAUGAAUA